AUGGGGUCAAAUGGGUCAGAUGGACUUCAAACCCAUGCAGUUUCGAGCAAGCCCUUCGAGCAAGCCCAAGAGCAACCCGUGCAGGUGGAACAGUUCGCCCUGCGCUUCAAGACCGAGGAGAUUGCCGAGGGCUCAAGGGCUGAAGAUGCUUUUCAGGUCAGCCAAAAGGGCGCGGAAGAAUUCGGCGCGGCCUUCCUCGCUGCCAAACGUUUUCAGUCCGAUUUGGGGCACGGUCCGACCGUCAUGGGCGUGUGGCACUUUCUCGCUGCGGCCGCAACCACCGCUGGUGCAAGCGAGCUAUUAGCCACGCACGCGCCCGAAUGUGGCUGGAUGAAUUGGCAAGGCUCAGCGUACAGCAAGUGUCUGGGGUUGAGCGGGAAAUGCUGCCCCACGGAGAAUGGCAAAUUUUUGGACUGCUGCAGUGGAAGUGAGGCCAAGGGGCUGAGCUCCCCCGAGGCCCUGGCGGCGCAGCUGCAGCGGUGCAGCUUGGGCGCCGCACAUGGACGCUAUGCGCCUCCAGCAGAGCCGGACCUACCCGGAGCGACCGACACGACGGAGCUGCAAUGCCAGUACAACUCGCCCUUCGGGCAGAAUUCCAUGUGUUGCGGCUGGAGGCCACAUUUCAACUGGGUGGUCGGCACCUGUGAGAGCAACGCUCACAUCCCCAACGCCACCUUCUGCGAUGGGAUCCCGCCCUGCGCUCGGGCGCCGCAGAUCAACUACGCCGCGGCAUACCAAUACAACGGCAGCCACUUUGUGCUGCAAGAUGCCUCCACGGCGGGAGACCUCUCAGAUGCUGGGGUGGCUGGAUCCUUCAAAGACAAGACUGGCUGGGAGAAGGUCAAGAGUAAAUUCAGAUGGGAAGGCGGCGAAGGCGACUGGCCAACGAAAUAUGCUCCAUGGGGUCUCGGGGCACAAGGCCCCCGUGGACUCACUCCGCCGGCCGGUUUGUGGGUCUUGAGUGUGGACAGCUUCUACUACGGCACGUUGUAUAUGCUGUCGCAGUUGACCCUGAAUGCACAGGGCCACAGGGAGCACAACAAUUGCUGGGAGUGGGAAUUCGAUGCCAUCGAGGGACUCUUGGGUACGGUGCCCAAGGGGAGCCCCUUGCCCGGAAACUUGAACCAGUUGUACGUGACAGCCACUGCACAAGUCACCGGAUGCAUGCCGAUGCCCGGCACUGCCGCACAAGGCAAUGGGAAACGGCAGACCUUCUCCGAGCCGGAAAGCUUCCGAGGCUUCUGUCGUGCAAACCCCAGCGCUGUGGGCUGUAGGCCUUGGACCUCUCAAGAUGCCAACAUCUGGCACGGUGGAGGUCAUCCCGGAACCGAUCGAUUUGAGAAUUUUGAGCACACGCCUUAUGUCUUUGCCGUAGUCCUUGACCACCAGGGCUUCUGGGUCUACCGCUGGCGUCCCGACUCGGAGGGACACACCGGCUGGCCGGGCUUGGACCGUUUUCGCGCGAGCCGCGUGCUGCCCCAGCGGCCGCGGCCCGUGAAGGAUGCCCAGGGCCUGAAGACGGACGUGCGCGGCGCGACGGAGGAGGCGGUGAUCUUGAUCCCCAGCCUGCCGCCCGAGGCGGCCUGCACUCGCUCCAGCCCGGAGAGGGUGGAUUUCCGUUGGGGUGCCGGGGCGUUGGGAUCCAUGGGCUUUCAAAGGAAGGACUACAAGUUGGGGCAGGAACAGCAGGGAGCUCAAAAUUGGUGGGCACAUUUUGUGGACACCCACCAAUUGCAGGACUAUCCCCUGUCAAUUGCUGGAGUUCCUGCAUCUGAAGCAAGCAAAGCUUCCUACUCCUGCAGUCAAAAGGACGAGUUUGGCAGCGAGUGCGAUUGUGAGUAUGGAAAGGCACGCCGGACGUCGUUUCUGAGUCAAGUGGAAGGGGCUCCCGGGCCAAACUUUGAAGUUGCGAUGAUGCUUCAGAAUCUGUUGCGGUGA